AUGCUGUGUUAUUUUCGCCGUGCGUUGCGUAACGUUGUAAAGGACGCAGAUCCUCAUUCUGCUAGCCUUUUGAAAACGGCACUCGGUGAUACCAUGGGCGCCCACUUGAGAAAGGAAAUAUUACCAACAGCGAGAUUUUCAUACUACGCUGGUUACGUUCCUUAUAAAUCUGUUAAAGAAUUGCAUGACUUUUUAGAACACAUAAAGUUACUUUUAAACACUCAAGGCUUAGGAUGGGCCCGGCCUGAUCCUGUUCCUCAAUGGAGUAAUUUAACUGUUGUCAAGGUUUUCACAGGAUACGGUAAACUAGUGAACCCGUGCUCGUGUUUGGUUACAAAGAGAGACACAAACUCUUGCAUACAUUUGCCGAAGCCGAAACUAGACGAUGAAUUUGAACCUUCAGCAAUCGCUUUGCCUUUUAAAUUCGGAGGAUUCGUUAGCUUGACAUCACCCGGCUCAGAAAAUAUUUUGCUAAGAUAUUACACGACUGCGACAAGAUGUAUCUUGCGUAAAUCACCUAAACCGUGCAGGCAUAUCGAUUUUUUGAACUUCAAUAAUGAAUUAUGGCAUUGGAUGAAAAGAGACGUAGCUCCACAUCUUAUGGAUGAAAAACUUUACUCGGCUUAUGGAGGUAUCUUACGUGUUGCCGCCGCAGUCCAAAGCUACGGUAAAGGUCUUUCUCGGCGUAACCUCUUUGAAGACGAAAAUCAUGGAGUUUUAAAAUGGCAUCCUUGGAAAACUCUUACCGAAACGUAUAUAUACAUGGAUCCAGACUGGAGUCCGAAAUUGUACGUAGUGUUGGUUUUAUUAGCCGCUAUUUUUAUUUGUCUACUACAAAUUUGUUAUAGUUAUAUAAUCGGAAAAAGUAAUGCGUGCCAUUGUACAGGCCGCAACAGUAACUUAACGAAUUCGAAUGAAAAGACUUAUGGAAAGGUGGAGUCGGUUAUUCCUCCCGUACAUUUACAUCAGAACUCUGUAUAUUACAGCGAUCACAGACGUCUAAAGUGUACACCAUCUAGGACUAAAACCUCUUCUCUUGGUUCAACAAAGACACAAAAGGUAUAUGAUUUUCAUGAGAACACAGAAAAGUUGAUGGCAGUUAUAAUGAGCGAUAACGAAGAGACUAGUGACGUCGAAUCUCUGCCGCCUUCAAAACGAGCAGAGAGUGAAGAAAUCCUGAGUAAUAUUAUAUUAGAUGUUGGAGAAACUGUGAGAGCAAAAAGUCCGCCGAAAAUUGAAACGUCUAUAUCUCAAGUAAAAAUUGAAAAAUCACCAAACGCGAAUCGUUUGCAAAUGUAUUCAACGAGUACAAUCACUCAUUCGGAAAUGACUUAUUGCCAAGAAGAACAAGAUACGGGUUCGGUUUGGUCAGUUACUUCGACUUCGGAGCAAUCAAUUACUUCAGACAGUUCAAAAUCUCGAUGCCGUAAAGCGAGAAGUUCGCGUGAUUUAGCGUGGGCAAGACGAGUUGCUUCGAAGGCUUCUCAAGCCAAGUCAAAGUCGAAAAGCGAAUUUGAUGGUAACUCUUUUGCAACUCCGCCAUCCCAACACUAG